AGCGCGCUCCAGCGGCAGCGACGGCCGUUCUCACCCAGGCGGCCCAGCGCUCGGGUGGACGCGGGGCUUCGCAAAUGGCUUGUCCCGCUCUCGGUCUGGAAGCUCUUCAGCCCCUGCAACCUGAGCCGCCCCCCGAGCCCGCCUUCUCCGAGGCGCAGAAGUGGAUCGAGCAAGUAACUGGCAGGAGCUUUGGUGAUAAAGAUUUUCGGACAGGGUUAGAAAACGGAAUCCUUCUCUGCGAGUUGCUGAAUGCUAUAAAGCCAGGACUUGUUAAAAAGAUCAAUAGAUUGCCUACCCCCAUUGCAGGAUUGGACAAUAUCAUCUUAUUCUUGAGAGGUUGUAAAGAGCUCGGCCUUAAAGAAUCUCAACUUUUUGACCCUAGUGACCUACAAGAUACAUCCAACAGAGUAACAGUCAAGAGCAUUGAUUAUAGUAGGAAGCUGAAAAAUGUAUUAGUUACCAUUUACUGGCUGGGAAAGGCAGCGAAUAGCUGUGCAUCCUAUAGCGGAACGACGCUGAACUUGAAGGAGUUCGAAGGCUUGCUGGCUCAGAUGAGAAAGGAGACCGAUGACAUUGAGAGCCCUAAGCGUAGCAUCCGAGACAGUGGUUACAUCGACUGCUGGGAUUCUGAGCGCAGUGACUCCCUGUCUCCCCCUCGACACGGCAGAGAUGAUUCCUUCGACAGCCUGGAUUCCUUUGGCUCCCGUUCCCGGCAGACACCUUCGCCAGAUGUAGUCCUCAGGGGAAGCAGCGAUGGGAGAGGAAGUGACUCUGAGUCUGACUUGCCACAUCGGAAGCUGCCUGAUGUGAAGAAGGAUGACAUGUCUGCCAGGCGGACUUCUCAUGGUGAGCCGAAAUCAGCAGUGCCUUUUAACCAGUACCUCCCGAACAAGAGCAAUCAGACGGCCUACGUCCCUGCGCCUCUGAGAAAGAAGAAAGCGGAGCGAGAGGAAUACCGGAAGAGCUGGAGCACCGCCACCUCACCCCUGGGUGGGGAGAGGCCCUUCAGCUAUCCCGAAACAAUAGAGGAAGAGGGAAGUGAAGCGGGGUCUCCUUGUGAAGAGGAGGAACCGGCUGGCCAAACGGAUCCUGACGGGAAGCCUUCUGCUGGAGGUGGGUUAGAAUUACCCGCUGGCAGUGGUGAGGAGAAGCCUCCUCCAGAGGGGGCUGCGGUAGCACCAGCUCCCAAGUCUGAAGAAAAAGAUGCUGCUGAAAUCCAAAAGCGCAGAAGGCUAGAGCAAGCUGGGAUCAAGGUCAUGCCCGCAGCACAGCGCUUUGCCAGUCAAAAGCAAUUAAGUGAUGAGAAAGAAGCUGUUCACGACAUUAUCCUUUGGAAAGAAAACCCUUUCCUAGCCCACCAACGUGGCAAAAAUUCAGAGUCGGAAGAGGAAGUUGCACGCCGACUGCCUGACCUGGAGAAAGAUGACUUUGCUGCGAGGAGAGCCAGGAUGAACCAGACCAAGCCGACAGUGCCCCUGAAUCAACUCCUCUAUGGGCCUUACCGGAAAAAAGAGGCAGAGAAACCAGAGAGCAGCAGACAACUUUCAAAGGGAAUCUCAGAAAAGAAAAGUCUAGAACACAAAAGAAACCGGGGCCAGACAGAAGAAGUGAAGUCAGUAGUGACCUGUGUCCUGCGGGCUCGGGAGAGCGGACCUGCGGAGGAGGGACUCAGGAAGGUGCCGGAUAUCCACAAGGACGACCUGGCACAGCGGAGGAUUCAGGGCAGCCUCGCCCCUCCCCGCGAGGCUCCGAGCUUUGUCGGCGGCUCCAACAUCACGGAAGCCGACCUGGAGACCUGGGAGAGACUGAAAGUGUCAGGGCAGACGAGGGAUGGAGAUGUUGAGCAUGCCUGUGCCCCUGAGCCCUCGCCAGAAAUUAAAGCAGAAACUGCCAUCCGGGACGACUUCGCCAGCCGCAAAGCGCGGGCCUAUAAGAAAGCUUCCGGCCCCAGGCAAAAGUUUGUGCACUUUGGACCAGUGACAGAGAUAGAUCAGCAGAAAUGGAAGCGGCUCACCAUUGGCAAGGCUGGGCCUAGGGAGGACAUAGGAGUCAUCGGUCCCAGCAGCAAAAUUCAAACCUACUCUGUGUCCUCGGCCUCGGUGACCACACCCAAAUUAAAGGAGAGCCGAAUGCUUGAGCCGCAAAAUGAUGACAGCAUAGUGAAUUCUGGCAUAAAUGGCAACUGCAGCAGGGUCUCGCAGCAGGCUCCUGUGCAGAAGUCCCAGGAGGAGCCUGUCCGUGGUGUAGGCGCAUGUCCAAGAGGGACAGAGGAAGUUACAUCCGAACAGCUGCCACAGGAUGGCAAAGAAGAGCAAGAAGGAGGUGCUCAAAGAGCUUCUGAGAUGCCGCCACAGGCUGAAGGAUCCGAGGAGAGCGGCCAGCCACUUUCAUGUCCCCUGGCCUCUGAACGGGAGGCUUCGGGGAAAGAAGAGAGCUCAGAGAAGAUGACAGCCCCUGCCUGGAGUGGCAGCAGACUGAAAAACCAAGGAAAGUCGUAUGAUUCACAAAGAGAUGACAUGAUGGCCAGGAGAACUGGGAUGUCUCUUAGACACAUUCGAUCCAACCCAAACCAGUUCCUUCCAGUUCCAUUUGCAAAGCAACAGAAUGUGGAGGAAUCUGCAAAAGGCCCACCAAUGAAAGAUAAGAGAUACGGUCCGAGAACUCCUGUGUCUGAUGACGCAGAGAGCACGAGUAUGUUUGACAUGCGAUGUGAGGAGGAGGCUGCAGUGCAGCCGCACAGCAGGGCCCGCCAGGAGCAGCUGCAACUGAUAAAUAACCAGCUGCGGGAAGAGGACGACAAAUGGCAAGAUGACCUGGCUCGUUGGAAGAGCCGCAGAAGAAGUGCUUCUCAAGACUUAAUCAAGAAGGAGGAAGAAAGGAAAAAAAUGGAGAAGUUACUGGCUGGAGAGGAUGGGACAAGUGAACGAAGGAAAAGCAUCAAAACCUACAGAGAAAUUGUUCAAGAAAAAGAGCGGAGAGAGAGGGAGCUGCAUGAGGCGUAUAAGAAUGCACGGUCCCAGGAGGAGGCGGAGGGCAUCCUUCAGCAGUACAUCGAGAGGUUCACCAUCAGCGAGGCUGUUCUCGAGCGCUUGGAGAUGCCAAAAAUCCUGGAAAGAAGCCAUUCAACGGAGCCAAACGUAUCCCCCUUCCCAAACGACCCCAACCCCAUGAAAUACCUGCGGCAACAGUCACUGCCUCCACCCAAAUUCACUGCCACUGUGGAAACCACCAUCGCUCGUACCAAUAUCCUGGAUACCAGCCUAUCAGCAGGCAGUGGGUCUCCGAGCAAAACUGUCACUCCCAAAGCAGUGCCUAUGCUGACACCCAAGCCUUACUCCCAGCCCAAAAACUCUCAAGAGGUUCUGAAGACCUUUAAGGUAGAUGGGAAAGUCAGCGUGAACGGGGAAACGGCUCACGGCGACGAGGAGGAGCAGGAAAGCGGGGGUCCCACGGAGGCCUGUGCGCCCUCCUUAACCAAGUCCCAGAGGUUCGAAGGUGUGGCCCGAGUGCACGGGUCCCCCGUGGAGCUGAAGCAAGACAAUGGUGGCAUCGAGAUCAACAUAAAGAAGCCAAAAUCAGUUCCCCAAGAACCGACGGCAACCACUGAGGAUAUUGACCUGAACAGUCAAGAAGAUAAGACUGAUGGUGGAAAACCACACAAAGGGAAUACAGAACUUGCCUCCUCAGAGCCACAGCAUUUUACAACCACUGUGACUCGAUCCAGCCCGACUGUGGCCUUGGUGGAGUUCUCCUCCAGCCCCAAGCCGAAGAACGAUGUGCCGGAAGAAGAGGACCCAAAGACACCGGACACUGAAAUGAGUGGGAAGGUGGAGUUGGUGCUGUCACAAAAGGUGGUAAAGCCAAAAUCUCCAGAACCAGAAGCAACCCUGACGUUUCCAUUUCUGGACAAAAUGCCUGAAACCAGCCAGUUACAUUUGCCAAAUCUCAGUUCUCAAGUGGAUUCUCCAAACAGUGAAAAGUCACCUGCAACUACACCUCAGUUUAAGUUCUGGGCGUGGGACCCGGAAGAGGAGCGCAGGCGACAGGAAAAAUGGCAACAGGAGCAGGAACGUUUGCUCCAGGAGAGAUACCAGAAGGAGCAGGACAAGCUGAAAGAAGAGUGGGAAAAGGCCCAAAAGGAAGUGGAAGAGGAAGAACGCAGAUACUACGAGGAGGAGCGCAAAAUAAUUGAAGACACUGUGGUCCCGUUUACUAUUUCCUCGACUUCUGCAGACCAGCUGUCCACAUCCUCCUCCGUGACGGAAGGCAGCGGCACAGCGAAUAAGAUGGACCAGGAAAACUGUCGUGAAAGAGAACAAGACACAAGACAGAAGACACCAUUCCAGGGGGACAACCAGGACUUGUUGCUGAGGGCUAGCGAAAGCGAGCCACUGGAGGAAAAGGGAAGCCUUACUCAAGGGGCCUGGACUGAUUCAGAGAACCCCAUAUCCAAAGGAACCCAUCAGGAUGACCAGCUGGUUACAGAAGCUGAGGCCCCACACUGUGGGGCGAACCCACAGCUAGCUCAGGAUCCAUCCCGGAAUCAGCAGGUAUCAAACCCACCCAUGAACGCUGUAGAAGAUGUGAAGCCAAAAACCCUCCCAUUGGACAAAAGCAUUAACCAUCAGAUUGAGUCACCAAAUGAAAGGCGGAAGAAAAGCCCUCAAGACAACUUCCAGGCAGGACAUUUGUCCCCCUGUCCUCCCACCCCUCCUGGCCAGUCACCAAACAGGUACAAGAGGUCUAUCAGCGGGAAGAAGCUGUGCUCUUCCUGUGGGCUUCCUUUGGGGAAAGGAGCUGCGAUGAUCAUCGAGACCCUCAAUCUCUAUUUUCACAUCCAGUGCUUUAGGUGUGGAAUUUGUAAAGGACAGCUGGGAGACGCAGUGAGCGGGACUGAUGUUCGGAUUCGCAACGGUCUCCUAAAUUGUAAUGAUUGCUACAUGCGAUCCAGAAGUGCUGGCCAGCCUACGACGUUGUGACAUGGCUUUCAGGCUUCCCGACCACCCACCAUUUCUUUCUUGAGAGUGUCUCCUGGCAAUUGUUUAACAGAAUUCCAAGUUCAGGGGCUUCUCAGCAUUCAUCUAAUUUCUGAAAGGCUAUUCUAAAAAAUGGUAUCUGUUCUUUUAUAGCACAUUGUUUGUGUUUCUCCUGGUUGUUGGUUUUUUUUUUUUUUUUGCAUUUGCACAGUAUAUACAAAAAAAUCUUGAAUUGUAAUGAUUCUGACUAGCUCAAAAGAAGGUGUUAGUACGGUCAGACAGACUUACAGUUUAAAAUGUGUUAUUCUCUUCUUUUGGGACUUAAUGAGAUAAAUGAUUCAAUAAACCUGUUUUGUUUUAGUAUUUCUAGGAAUUAAAUACUUUGUGUUUACAAAAUUGAGCUGCAGAAAGUGCAAGACAUGCCAAUUUGAGACACAUGGUCUUUUAAGACAGGAGCAUACAAUUAAUGCAUUUCAGAAACUAAAAACCACAUCAUAUAGCUCUGAGCUAUAACUGUUUUUAAUGCAAAGACACUAAUCUGAUAAUAUAUACUGUAAUCCUGAAACAUUUGUGUUACUUACCUUUUGAGGUAGAAGUCAUACCAAUAAAUUAUUGCACCAUUAGUGUUAGGUUUUGUAUACUUUGAAGGUUAUGCCAUUGAUAGAGUCUGGCCCAUCAAAUGAAGAGAAAGAACCCUUGCAAUAUCAGCCAGACUUACACUCUGGAUGUUGCCCAAGGGUAGGGAAAAAAAAACAGAGGAAACUAUUUUAGUCAUCAUUUCCAAAGUUAUUACCAAAACGUAUAAGGAAGUUUGAUCUUCAAAAGAGUGGUGGGCCGUUGCUAGCCAUGAGGACUUUGUUGCUUGCUUCUCUUCAGACUCCACAUUCAAUACAAGACUCUGCAUAAGACACACGGAAGGAAGCUCUCUCGUCGAGAACAGUCCUCCAUUAAGUGGGACCUCAGCUCACCCUGGCCUGCAAGUUCUCUAUCAGGGCCUGAGCACAGGUGUCUAAACAAAAACAUUAAGUUCAUCCUAAUAGAAUCCAAAUGACAUAUGAUGUGAUAAGCCACUGGGGUGUGGCCAGCAAGAACCUACAGGUCAUAUGUGUGCUGCCCACUGUAAUGGAUAUCUGGUCUUCCUCAUUCUCCCACGUCACCGACUCUCUUUCCUAUCAAGAAUUCUGGACCUUGCUCAUGGAGAUUUUGAGAGAGGAACUCUUGUGGAGAGCUGGUUGUUUCUUGCCCUGUGUGGUGAGUUUCAGCUAGCCAAGAUAGGAAUCGAGAAAGGAAAGCAUCAUGUUUUAAAUCUCCAGGCUGUUUCUUUAAAACUGGGGAAAGGAGAACUAUUUAUUCUGCCUUAAAAUGAUGGCAAAUAAGUGAAGAUGACAUUUUGUGAAUGUAGACUAUGGCUAUCCUCCUAAUAGGUUAAUGUAGUCAUAAAAGGAGAUCAAGUAGAUGUUUUUCUGUUAUGUAAGCAAUAAUUUUUUUCUGUGUCUUAUUGAGUAUGGCUAGCAAUUAUUUAUUUACAUGCUAGACGGUUCUCUGCAUGCGGGUUCCAUGUAAGUGCAGAAAUUUCCUCAGCCACUGGAGGUGUUUUGACUAUUUUGUCAUUUGGAUGAGCUGUUGUCAGACUGAAAUUUACACAUCCCUUCGUUAAAAAUUGUGCCUUAGAAAAUGCAAAGCUGUUGCACACAGUGAUGAAUUAUGGAUGCAGUACAUUGAAGAGAGACGAAGUCACCUCCAAGUUCCCAAGACUCACGGAGGUGUUCACUGUUUUACAGGGGGAAAAAAAUCAAAACAGAAAAAGAAAAACAGAAAAAAUUAAAAAGAAAAAGUUUUGAAAAUGUACAGAUUAAGUUCAAUAUUUUGGUUAACCACCUGCAUGUUUUAUUAAAUAUUUUGAUAAUGUGAUGUUUACACUUUGCAUGAUAUUAGCAGAGUGCUUUACCAGAAAUAAUGCACAAAACAUGUACAAUAUGAUCAUUCAUAACCGAUUUUUAUGGAAUACUUUUUACAUGUGGAACUCCAUCCGUUAUGUAGGAAUUAUAUGAAUAUUGCACAUUCUCUUCUGGUUUCACAAACCCAUUUAUACAUAUUUCUUAGAGAGACUCAUUGUACAUGUAUUGAAGCUAGAAUUGAGUCAAGAAAAAUAAAGCGCAUUCUCCAACUGCGAAAUGCUUUCCCAUAAUGAACUAUAGUCACCAGCACAGAAUAAUCUCCAACAUUUUCUAAAUUCUAAUUGCCAACUGUUUCUAUUUAUAUUUGAUUUAUAUUUCAUUUGGAGUCUGUUACAUGGCAGACUAGAUCUUGUUUUUUCCGAUGCAGCAUAAUGAGUAUGAUCUAUUUCUUUUCAAAUAAUCUUUGAGAUCCCAGGGAAAAAAAAUGCUCUGCUCUGUUGAGCUACAAUGUAAAUGUGUUUGCUUUAAAAAAAAAAAGAUGAGGCAAGUGAAUGAUUUAUUGUUCCUGAGGAAGUAUAUCUGAUUUUUUCUCAUACUCCAAAAGCUAGUUCCUUCUCUUUCUUACAAGUAAAUGGGGAACUCUGUUUUUCACUCGCAAACUUUCAUGACAUUUUCUCAUUCUUUCUAUGUAGUGUUAUUAAUGCAAUACCUAUUAUAGUUAUUGAUACACAGUGUAAGACCUAAUGAACUGAAAUGAUCCACCUCCCGUGUGAGUCCGUCCAAAAGAUGUUGCUGUUCCGGUGGGCCAGUGUUCUAUGUCAGUUACACUAACCUUCAUUUAAAAUAUUUAUUCUAAAAUGCCUCUGAAAAAUAGUAAGAAAAUAAAAAGUUGCCUAAAAUGCAACAGCUUUUAUAGCAAAUGUACAUUUAUAAAUAAAAUACUCAAAUCAA